CUCGCGCUAACGUCCGAAGAGCCGCUGAAAUUCAAAGUUGGAGGAGGAGACUUAAAACUCUGAAACAACACGAACGUUGGUUCUUUCUCCCAUUUUUACACCUAAACUUCUUACUUACUUCUUUCUUCUCAGCUAAAAAUGGAAGCAGACGAGGAAAGCGGCGUCAACGUCAACAUGAAGAGACAGAGAGCGCCUCUGUCCGACUCGGAAGACAACAUCUUCUCAGCGCCAGAGAACAAUAGUGGCCAGAAGCGGCGGCGCCUGGAGACGGCCGGUCAGGAGAACUGUAGUCCUGAUUCGCCGUCGUCGUCGUCGUCCUCCUCUGGACGUCUCACUGAGCUGCAGAUGAAACCAGACACACCGAUGGUUCCCUCGGUCCGGUCACGAGUCCAGCAGCUCACCCAGAGACGAGAGGGAGGAGCUCCUCAGACCCUGCGGUGCGUCUCGGAUCCUGGAGGCGACAGUCCAUCAGUCAGUGUCCAUGACAAGGGCUUCAGAGAACCUCUGCUGGGUGAGAGGGAGUUCAGUCAGAGGAUGGAGCGUUUCAAAGCUCCGGUUUUCCAGCCGCCCCCCUUCAGCACCACCACACCCACCCAGACUGAGUCCUGCCCCCGGACCCGUUCCAACUUAGUGAGCGACAUCCAUCAGAAGCUGCAGGGCUCCACGACGCCGAGCUCCAAGCAGGCGUCCCGCAUGCGGCAGGAACGGGAGCAGGAGUUGAACCAGUUGCCUUUCCAGCCGAUCAGUGAGAACGCCUGGUUAAAGAGGAGCAGCUCUGACUCCUCGAUACAGGGAAGGAGCCCGGCCGGCUCCUCGUCGCCCUCCUUCUCCUGGGCUCAUAGAUCUAACCGGAGAUUUCAGUGGCCUCCCAAACCCACCUGGGACCAGGUUCACGGUGAUGCUGAGGCGAAGGACGGCAGCUUCACCGAUGCUCCGUCAUCAGGAGCAGUGAAGGCGUCUGUAAAUAUCGGAGAUGCUGAGCUGGGCUCUCAGGACGAGACCAACACGGCCGAGAUGAUCGACCAGAUGUUCGAGGAGGUGCUGGAGUACGCGGGGAGGAUGGAGGAGGAGGAGAGACGGGACGAGGACCGGGACAGCGGCAUCGGGGCCUGCACAGGGGACAAAGACAAGCUGGACACGGAGUCGGAGAAGGAGAAGAGUGAAGAGGACGAGGAGGUGAAAGAAGAAGAAGAAGAGGAGGAGGAGCUGGAAACCAACGGAGAGGAGAUGCUGACGUUUCCUCCCUGUGGGAUCCUGUCUCCUCUCAGCAAGUCUGUGGAGGCCGUGGUCACUCCUCUGGUCACUCCUCUGGUCACUCCUCUGGUCACUCCUCUGAGACUGGCGGCCGACCAGGAGUCCAACCCUCCAUCUUUGCUCCUCAGCCCAGAGGAGACCAGCCCUCCUCCUCCUCCUCCGGAGUCUGCUCCUCUUUACAGCAUCGACGCCUACCGCACACAGCGACAGAAGAAGCUUCCCACCAUUCAGAGCGUCACUCCCGGCGUUCAGAGACGAGCUGCAGAGACGUCCAAGCCUCCGGCGUCCGUCAACACCAAGGAGAAGAUCACGGCUCUCAACGAAGAGGCGGUGAAACUUCAGACCGUGAUCAACCAGACCCUUCAGGCUCUGAGCUGCUGCACCGAUGAGGAUCACGGCCGCGGAUCCCAGGAGGAGGCUGAAGCUGAGAAACUGCUGCUGGUCUCCUGUGAGAAACGCUCGGCCCUGCUGGCUGAAGUGGCUCGACUCAGGGAGGAGAGGAUCUCUGAGUCCGGAGAGGAGGCGGCGGUGGAGGACAGGGACUACGUUUCCCAGCAGCCCUGCAGAGGAACCGUCGCCAUCACAAACAUCCAGCUUCCUCUCAAGGUGGAAUUCGUCUGCUCCUCACACGGCCGAGCAGGUCGACCGAGUCACUACUUCUUCGUCCUGAUCCGUUACGGUCCGUGCAACAUCGUCGCCACCCCGCUGGCCACGGCCGCCGACGCUCAGAACGGAGACACCAUCUCCUUCCCCACGACCGUCACCCUGAGGGAUAUUCGCUCAACCUUUGAGAUCGAUGUGGAGGUCUACAGCCUGUCCCACACUUCAGGUAAUAGCUGCAGCGUGGACCGGGCCACCACCAAGUCACGGGUCACACCGAGAAAACUUCUGAACACAAUCACGAGAUCCAGUAACAGUCUGACAUCUGCUGCUGCUCUUCCUGCUCUGAACACUCGUCGCUCCAGUAACUUCUGCCUGGUGGGAUCUCAUAAGAUCAACUUGGCCUCUCUGGGACGCAGCAAGUUCCCUCUGGAUAAGAUGAAACUUGAAGGGAAAAUCAGGAGGCUGCUGGGAGAUGAGUUUCAGGAAAAGGUGCCUUUUCUCUCUCCUCUAGAGGGCAACAUCUACCUGCGACUGGAGAGCCAUAGCCACUCCAACGUCCAGCACCAAGGCUUCCUGACGAUGUUCGAGCUGAUCAGCGGGUUUGGGGUUUGGCAUCGUCGAUAUUUCGUCCUGGAGGGAUGUAACAUGUUCUACUGGAACCACCCCAACGACAGAGAAACCAAGGAAGCAGAGGGCAGUUUGUCUCUGUCCAGCUCCCCGAGUCAGUGUGUCAGGCCCGUGAAGAGGGACUCGUGUGCUCGACCUUUCACCUUUGAACUGGUGAACAUCCUCCCUCAGCAGCAGCAGCAGCAGCAGAACCAGGACCGGGACCAGGACCAGGACCGGGACCAGAACCACAGCCAGGACGUCGUGGCCAAGUGCUGGUUUUCUGCCGACACGAAGCAGGAGAGACUGGACUGGAUGGAGAAGCUCAACCAAGCUCUGCUGGACUUUCACACGUGGAACCGAACGCCGGCGGAGAAUCAGCAGCCGAACGCGUCCGUCAGCGGAAACCUGAGGGAGAGUAUUCUGUAGCGUCAGAGAGGAUGAAGGUCAGGGUUUAGAUCCAGAGCCGAACCAAACGCGUUUAUCUUUGGGAGAUGUGUUCGAUUUACACACGUACUUUUGCUUUUCUUUUUUUUUUUCAUGUUUUCUUAAAAACUGGAAGGAUCAACACAUUUAUGUAGGUGAACUAAUAAAUAUAAAGGGAAAUGUUAAGCUAAACUAAUCUAGGAUUGUAUCUGAAAAACACUACAAAUUACUGAAGCGUAGGACGAGUGGUAGCUGGUGUUGAAUGGGAGUUUGAAUGAAUUAUUAGCCAUUAAGUAAUGCAGAUAAAUCCUGCACCGUGAAUUAAAUUAAAAAAAAGGUGCAGAAUGUGUAAAAAUAUUCUUCACAUUUGUAAAAAUCAGACCUGAAAUUCUACAUCAUCUCUAGUUUGGGGCUUUUUGUUCGGGGUUUGCGUCCUUCCCAGUGCCACGAAGUGUUCGUUAAUACUCUUCAAGCGUAUAAUUUGAUUUGCUGCACAUGUAUAAACUACUAUAAUUACAUUUAUAUAUAUAUAAAUAUUAUAUAUAAACCCAUAUUUUACGGACGGGAACACCGGUGAGGUGAAGGAAACGGGGCGGUAGUCGCGCUGCUACGAUGAAUGUGGUCUGUUCUGUCUGAUGUUCUGUGCUUUUCCGUGUAUUUCCACCUUUCAGUCUGUCACUUUGUUAUAAAUGUUGUUGUUGUGAAACUCUCAUUCUAUGCACCUGACGCAAGGCACCAAUAAAAUGAAAUGAAAUUACUCAAAAAAAGAAAAAGCGGAUUUAACCGAAUGGGACAAUAA